CAUUCUGGUUAUUCUAUGUUGUAACGUCAGUCGACACUUCGACAGUCAUUAUUUCAUUAAUUUAUUGGUAUUCUUGCUUUAGCCAGCCAUUGUAGAAUCUGUUGUUUACUUUAUAGUUUAUAUACAAAAAUAUACAAUAUCAAAAUUUCACCCAAACAUCAGUUGCCUGUAAUGUUGACGGACGACGGUUAUAUCACGGGAAGCCUAAUUUACGAAUUUAGUUCUACUGAAAACUGAAUCUACUGUCAGGUCUGGUUGUGUUGYACCUCAAGAUAUUUAAUAUUCUAUUCUAUUGGCUGCAGAAUCAUGAAUGAUUAUUCUAUUGAACCAGUAGUUGAUUCAGAAUUAUAUGAAGUUGAAGAAAUUAGACAUUUGUAUGACCUCUUUGAUGUAAUUAGUGUUCAUAAAGUACAAAAUCCACUGCUUUGGGGUUUAUACACAUUAAGAAAAAAUGAAAUGGAAAUAAAUACUAAAAAUAUAAAUGUAAAUGAAUGGCUUUUAUAUCAUGUUACUGCCACUAAAAAUGUUCAAUCAAUUGCUGAGAAUAAUUUAGAUUGGCGUUUCACUAGUCGUUGUCGAUAUGGAAAAGGUGUAUGCUUUUCAUAUUGCCCUUUGUAUGCCAACAAAUAUGCAUCAUGUAAUCAAGGAUCAACUACAGUAGACUAUGAUGAAAAUUUAAUGCAUAUACUUAUUAAUAUGGGUUUUCCAAGAGAAGCAAUCAAACGAGCAUUAUUUUAUACUUAUAACCAAGGACUAGAAUGUGCAACCAAAUGGCUUAUGGACCAUAUUAUGGACAAUAAUUUUGCUGAACCUUUUGUUCCAUCCAGACAUGACUUUAAUAGUGAAAUUUCUAUCGAGCGAGCAUUUAUAAUUUGCCGAGUUUUGGUUCAUAGAAUCAAAGAUGUUAACGUGAAUUAUAAUUUGAACGUUAUACCUAACGUUUUCGAUACUGCUAAAUCAUUAAAUGGUAUGGUUUAUGUAAAAUUUAAUGAUUACGAAUUUUAUCCACAGUAUAUAGUGUAUUACAGAGAACAUAAUUUAACUCAAUAUGCUGAUCCAUAUUCAUUUAAUUUUAAUUUUAAUUAUAACUAUUGUUUUGAUCAAUAA